CUAGAUUUCAUUAGAGAAGACUUCCAAUUUACUAAUAUGCCGUAUUCAACUAAACAUCAAAAACAAUCAAGAAAGGCUUGUAAAACAAAGGCUAUAAGGAAUUCAAAAUACACUAAAAGACGGAAGAAUCAGCAACAGCGUGAGGCAGCAAAGGUGACCCUUAAGUUGCAUACCUUUUGGGAGGUCAAGAAACCUGACGAGGAAAUUGACAAGGAGGUAGCUGAUGAGGAUAAUAUAGAAGUGGAUAAUGAUAUUAAUGAAGAUUCAGAUGAUAAGGUUAAUGAACAUUUGGAUGAUGAGGUUAAAGAUUACAAUUGGCAUAAUAAAAUCCCAGAUGCUCUCAAAAAUUUGAAAUUAGAUAUCAAAAAAGAAAAGGUUAACAGUGAGGUUUAG